AUGGCUGCAUCGCGCGUUCAAGCCUGUAUCAGUCAAUAUCAGACAGAGGCUGCUGAGAACGAUGUUCCUUCGGCUUGGAUAAUCUACUUUAAAGCCGGAAUCCAAUGGGAGAUCACUCUCACAUGGAACGCGGUUCCAGACCACAUCUUUUCAUCCCACUUAUCCGAGUUUCGUCUGGUCCGGGAUCAUGGAGAACCCUCCCGGAUUGUAUCCUCCUAUGAUACUCCAUGGUGGAUGGGGGACACUACAAUCCCUAACAAACCAUGGCAAUGGGAUCAGAGCGGCAUUGAGGACAAUGGUUUCAUCCUUCCAGAGCAGCUGGACGGCACCCCGGCUCCAUCACUGGUGGGACUGAAGUGGAUUAGGGAAUGCCUGGUGUCGUUGAUUCAGGACCAUCAGGAGGGCAUCCAUGAUAAGAUGGUGGAGAUUGAUAUAUCUUUGACUCAAUGUCGAGUUCCGGGUAUCAUGUUCCGGGUACCGAGCAUUGAGCACCAAGGUGUCGAGUACCAAACACUGAACACCAAAUACCGAAUACCGAAUGAUGAGUAUCGACGUCCGGGUAUCAAGUUCCAUGUAUCAAGUUCCGGGUACCGAGCAUCGACCAUUGAGUUCCAGGUAUCGACCAUUGAGGUCCGGGCAUUGAGGUGUGCGAUCCAGGUGCCGAAUGCCAAGUGCUGGGCAUUGACUACCGAGCUCCAAGUUCCGGGCCUCGAGUACCGAGUGCCGAGUACCAAAACCCAGCAUACACAUUUUGUAAAUUGGACAAAUCACCGUACUGAGUACCAAGUACCAAGCUCUGGGUUCUGGGUUCUGGGCGUUGAGUGUGCGAUCUGGGUGCUGAAUGCCGAGUGCUGGGCAUUGACUACUGAGCUCCGAGUUCUGGGCCUCGAGUACUGA